AUGCCGGACUGGAUAAAAGCCGUCAUUCGGGAGCCUAUAGUUGUUCAUCCAGGCCACACAUCAUCUCGAACACAUAGUCUGCACGCCGACACCGAAGAGGUCACCGAGGAAGUGCGCGAAACGUUUAUUCAUCACAACAGGAUAUACCAGCGCUGUUCAGUAGACCGUAGGAUAUAUCUUGUGCCUAUUGACGAGGAUGAGACUAUUCGCUUGCGCAUUCAGUACGACGUCUUGGCCAAAGUUUUUGACGGGAGAUCUAUCUUCCCACCGAUGGGCGCCCUAAGGCGAGUACUCGACUGUGGCUUCGGAACGGGGAUGUGGGCUUUCCAGGUGGCUUGGGAGAAUCCUGGGUGCGAGGCACAGGAAAACUCCUAUACCUUCUCUUGCGAUGUGUCAAGCUAUUGUUGUUGGGGCGACGUCUCCUCAACCGCAAGCCAGAGCCAGAAAGCCGCUGUCAUUGGCAUCGACGUGAGCCCCCAUCAUUACAACCCUGAAGAGAGUGUCGAGAACCUUUACCUGAAUGUCGACAACUUGAAUAUGCCACUUUCGUUCCCCUCCAAUCAUUUCGACCUCGUCAAUAGUAGACUUGUAGCUGGCGGCAUCGACCGGAAUCGAUGGCAAGACUAUAUGUGUGAUAUCCUCCGGUGUUUGCGCAAAGGCGGAUGGUGCCAAAUGGUUGAAAUCGAUUAUAACGCACAGUCUGACAACGGUAGAUUAACAGAUGGUCACGCACUUCGACAAUGGUCAGAUAAAUACAGCCGAGCAAUGUCGCAGCUUAAAAACGUUGAGGCACCACGGCAUCUUGGGCAUUGGAUGAGACAAGCUGGUUUUACCGAAGUCGAGGAGCGUAAUCCGAGGGAAUUUGAUAUUGGCGUCCACAACCAAGAAAAUGUUCGAUUGUUGCUUGGAUCUCUAGCCUUGUACCCGUUCACAGAGCUACUUAACAUGACUAUUACGGAAUUUCACGUCCUGGUGGCACAGGCGAGAGCAGAAGCUAGUAACCCUGCACUUAAGAAAGCCGCGGCGCUGAAAUCGGCGGGAACUAGCUUGGCGGCUCUUACGGAUAGAAACCUUGCUACGGUGGAGAGGCAAGGUAUACGGCGGGUCAAAGCAGACGCAGGCCAGACUAAUCGGGUCGACAUCGGGUCGCUUACUCGUUCGUUUAUGGCGGAAAAGAAGGGCGGGGGCUCGACUGUAUGA